AAACCUUAGAAAAGAAUGUAUCCUCCAAUAAAAUCAAAACGUGCGCAGAAAUUAAAUACAAAAUAUUAAAUCUACGAGGAGACGAAAUUAAGUUUAGCUUGAACUAUAAAGAAGAAAUGAAUAAGUCUAAAUUAUUAGAGAUUUAGGGUAUUCCCCCGUCAGGUUCGUAUAUUCAAUAUCUUCUAAUUUAAUACAUGUUUUGGAUAUUGGGUAAAUACCCAGACCUAAUACGAAUCAUCAAAGCAUUAAAGUGUCGACAACACUUUUAGCAAAAAAAAAAAAGUGUCGACAACACAAACAGAACAGAAAGACUUUAACAAAAUAAGAAGCAUGAAGUGUUGUAAGUUUGUUGCAGUGGCUUUGAUGAGCCUUCUGAUCACAUUCUUCCAUUGAGGCAGACGGUUGGUGUUGUCGCAUGCCCAUUGGUCAGGCUGAAUAGCUUAAGCCUGUAUUGUGGUUUUACUGCCUUUAUUUUGUUUCAUUAGUUUGACUUUCUCAAAAAUUAUACAAAUCUUAAAUUUAUUUUAAUACAUUGAUAAUAAAAAUAGACUUGUUCAAAUAAUAUCAAACACCAAAAUUAAUAUUUACCAUCGGCAAUACUACUAACAUAUAAUUUUGGUCAUCUAGUCAUCAAAGAACCUCCCAAACUAAUCCUUAUAUGUGUAUUCUCGUUUAUUUUUUACUUUUAUUUGGAUUGUUUCUAAUUUCUAUAUCAAUCGAUAGAUAGAGUAUUUGCUUAAAUAUUCCUGCUAAACUAAAUCAUUAAAUCAUCAAAAAAAUAAAAAAAAUAUAGUAUGUUAUAUUUUUCAAAAUGAAUUGAAAAAAUCUACCAAUAAGCUUUCAGAAAUAUAACCAAAUGAAAUCAUUAUCCUUUUACUCAAAAGCAAAAAAAAAAAAAAAAUUCAUCGCAAUAAAACAUUUCUAGAAACAAAGAAUCCAAGAUUCACUUUCCACGUGGCAAAUAAACAAUACGGUCAAACCAGUCAAAGCCACGUCGGAUAUUCUCUAGUCUCCCGCCUUUCUUUAUAAAGAACACAGCAACAAAGAACACAAAAGAUUCAUCUCUGAAAGCUCCAUCUGACCUUUUUCUCCAAAACCUUUGAAACAAAAGAGAGACACAAAAGAGAGCCUAAAAAGAUGUCAAAGAUCAACGCUCUCCGCCGUUGUCUCCUCCCGUGCAUCACACCUCCGACGAAUCCAACCGCCGCAUCAUCCACUACCACCGGAGUCUCCAAGAAACGUCUCAGCACUUCCCUCAGAGACGACAUCGACGUUCAAGACUCAGCUUCCUCCACCGCCUCUUCCUCAGAGGCCACGUCCUUCUCCGCCUCCGUCGGCUCAGGUUACCUCUCCCCCGUCGCGGCGCCGCAGAGACCGUCGAGGACGAUGGUGAUCGGUACGCUUUUCGGGAGGAGAAAGGGACACGUGUGGUUCUGCGUCCAGCACGACCGUCUCUCCGUCAAACCGCUCCUCCUCCUCGAGCUCUCCAUCACGACGAACCAGCUCGUUCACGAGAUGGACUCGGGUCUUGUCCGAGUCGCUCUCGAAUGCCCGACACGAGCGGAGCUAAAGUCUUGCUCGCUGAAAUCAGUUCCGGUUUGGGCGAUGUUCUGCAACGGGAAGAAGUCAGGUUUUGCAGUAAGGAGGAGUGCCAGUGAAGAGACGAGGGUGAUGCUGAAGAGGUUGGAGUCGACCACCGUUGGUGCGGGCGUGUUGCCAUGUGGAUCCGGGGCUGUUGAACCGGAUCUUGAUGAGGUUAUGUAUAUGAGGGCGAGUUAUGAGCAUGUUGUUGGUAGCUCUGACUCGGAGUCUUUCCAUCUCAUUAACCCGGACGCUAACUCGGCUCAAGAACUCAGCAUCUUCUUGCUUAGGACAUCUUCUUAAUUACCUUUUGGAGUAUAAUGAUGAUAACUUAUGAAUGCUUUUCAUCAAGUUUGUUUUCUUUUUCAGAGAUUACCAAACAUUUGUUGCGUACGGUCUAGUCGUCUAGAGAGGCUUAGUGUUUUGAGUUCUCAAUGAGAGUUUUUGUACGUCGUAUGUAGUACUCUCAUUACACCAUCAUAUGUUGAGAAUCUUGGCAUUGUCACAAGAGUGUAAAAUGAUUUUUGAUCAAGAAACAGAGACAUUUGUCAAACAAGAACAAUACAAAAUUGUAAUGUCAUAUAGUGGGAAAAAAAAUCAAUGUAAAUGAUGAUGCAUUUGAAUGUUAA